AUGGCGGCCGCCCACUUCAACUACUUCACCCUCUUCCCUCAGCUGCCGAUCGAGAUUCGGCUGCAAAUAUGGCAGCUGGCGCUCGAACCCGAGGCGCCUGGGCGUGUCUUAUUUUGUUUUAAAGAUGGCUGCUGGAAGCCGAGACGUCUCACUGCAGCCGAUCCUCACUUUAAUCCAGUUAAUGAUGAGUUUAACUUGACGCUCGAGUUUAGGCAUGAGCUGCUUGAUGUAGUCGACUUUGAGUUGGUACUUUUCUCUGUGAGCCGCGAGGCGCAAAGUGUUGCUUGCCAAUAUAUCGAGUCGCAAAAACUGCGACGCAGCGACAACGCUGCCAUGUGCGUCUUUGUGCGGGGGUACGAUACCGCACGGGACGUCCUUUUUAUACCGACCGCGGCUGCUCUCUACGGCUUCCUCUCGGAGCACCUCGAAAGGCUCUGGAAGCCGGACCUAGAAGACAUGUUAGUCUACCGACCCGAUCCGAGCAUUGUCCGCCUCGCGAUAACCCCGUGCGGACUUGACUCGGUGGCGUCGCAUCUCUGGGACGUGUGGGAGCUGUGCUCGCUAGAGCUCGAAACGCUGUACAUUGUGGCAAAUGCGCCAGAGAACACCGAGCAGCCCUCUGAGGGUCAGCACUGGGAGAUUUUGAGCGCACACGACGCAGCGUAUGUGUGGGAUGCGAGCGCGGGCCAGAUGGCGUGGCACGGCGAGCACUGCAUCGACGGCCCCCUUGGGGAGCUGUUUGCCCUGAUGGAGACGUGUGCAGCUGUACUGCCCGAAAAAUUCAUCGAAAUGAAGAUAAAGCGGGCCGAGCUGCGCGCCGCCUACAUGGUUCGCAGAUAG